UCCCCACAUUUAGUUUAGUACCGUUUUUGGCUGCAGUCGCACUUCGGACAGUUUAUUCUAAUUGUGUGCUACCAUCCCAUUUACAACCAAACAUACAAAUAUUACUGCUAAAGUUAACGAUAUUAACCACACAUAUUAAAAGCUAUUAUACACGGGCCGAGCAAAGCCAUUUUAAAUGCGGUUUACUGCUCCGUACACACGAAACACAUCAAAAAUUCAAUUAAAUCAAUUGAAAUCGUAAUCAAGUCCAAAACACAGCGAAAAGAUAAAUCAAAUAAACUAAUAUUAAAUGGUUAACAACGUUGAAAUCUAAAUAUAAUAACUAUUUUCUAUGAAAAUCGAGUGUUUCCGAAUCGGGAAAAAAGUUAAUAAUUCAAUUAAUGUUAACGCCAAAUAUAAUCCGACAAGAAAAGCGCAUGCAACAAGUUAAAACCAGCCGACAGUUGUAAACCAAGUUAGAUCCGUACACAGAUACACCCCAAUACCAACACGAAUGAGUGCCCGGUAUACACAUACAACCGCAAAAAUCCACACACACACACCCAAGCAGCAGACUAUAACAAUGUCAAGUGAAAACAUUCUCUGGAAGCAACAGGUUUCCCCUUAAUAAGUGUUAUAAAGAAGCAGCCAAACAGUCAUCACCCAGAACUGUUCGUUUUGAAAAGCAAAAAAAUAAAAAAAAAAGAGAAAGAGAGGUAGAAAAAGAGAGUACGAGGAAUAAAGAAGAUAAAGUAUAAGGCGAGAGAAAGAGAGGAGCCACCUUUCAGUCAGUAAAAAUCAUAUGAAAACAUAGUAUAAGCCAAAAAAUAUUAGAAGAAGACAGUUCUUAAGUGGGUUAAAAUAGAAACAACAACACAAAAAAUUAGUGUGACUGCAACCGAGUGGAACCGAAUCAAAUCAAAACCAAAACCAUCCCCGAUCCCAAACCGAUUCGCACCGCGAGAUCAACUAAAAGAGUUCUUAGAGCGCAUCCGACAGAACCAUGGAAUUCUACGAUGGCGACCUCAAAGAUAUAUGGGACUCCGACUUAGAUCCGGAAUCCUUGAAAAUCAGCCCCGAUCACGAUAUGCACGACUGGCUGUUCGAUCGGGACGUCAAAGAUCCCACCGUCAUACUCAACGACAAGCUCAUCUCGGACGCCCUGCUCAAUGGCACACAGCCGAUCAAGACGGAGCACUCCUACAGCCUCAACAGCGAUGUUGACUCCCUGCCCGAUUCACCAAAAAGCCUCCAGGCGAAGAUCGAGGACAUGGACGACGAGUGCUUUCCCGCCAUUUCACUGAAGACGGCCACCAGCGGGCGCGUGACCAUCGACCCCAAGUGCCUGACCCUUCAUGUCCCGCCCACGCAUGCCACGCCCAUCAGCCGGCUGAGCAGCAAUCCCGCCCUAAACACCUCCGUCGCGGAUGCAACACGAUCCUGCGGACUGCUGCAGGCGCAGCAGGCACACCAUGGCAGCCAUGGCAGCCAUGGCCAGAGCCACGUGGUCGUGGCCCACAUGGAGCACUUUCAACUACCUCAGCACUUGUACGACAACGAUUGCAGCUCGUCGGUGUCCUCGAUGCGGGAGGGCAGCAUGUCCCCGGACAUCUGCUCCGACAUCGAGAUCGACGAGUCGGCCAUCAAGGAUGAGCCCAUGUCGCCGGACUCCAGCUGCCCCGCCAGUCCCAAUUCCCAAGCGAGCACCUCGCAGCACCAGCUCAUGGCCCACCUGCAAACGGAAAUGCUCUUCGAGCCGAAGCACGGUGGCCUCCUGCUGACCGCCAGCAACAACAGCCUCAUCAAGUCCCAGCAGCGACAGCUCCUCGGCCAAAGCGAUCUGCUCGUGGCCAAAAUGGAGAUCAAGAGCGAGAAGCAGAACACGAGCAGCAGUAGCAACAGCAGCAGCAGCAACAGCAGCACCAGCAGCUCCUCCGGCAGCAAAUCGCAUGGGCACGGCUAUGGAAUCCCGCUGACGCCGCCCUCCUCUCUGCCCAGCGACGAUUCCGAAGGUAACUUGUCACCGGAACACUUGUUUUCGCCCCUGUCGCCCAACGCUUCCGUUUCUAUCUCCGUGGCCAAUGCAGCCGGCGGCGUUGAGUCAUCCGUUCGGGUCAGUCGCACAGCUGCCGGCAUCACGCGCUCCUCCACUGGUUCCGGUUCCGGUUCGGGAUCCGUUUCCGGAUCCAGUUCCAGCACAACGGCCACCACGACAAGGCAGCCGAUCCACACGCCGCUAAUCAGCUCGCAGCCGAAGGGCUCCACUGGAACGCUGUUGCUGACGGAGGAGGAGAAACGCACUUUGCUGGCCGAAGGCUAUCCGAUACCACAAAAGCUUCCCCUAACCAAAGCCGAGGAAAAAUCGCUCAAGAAGAUUCGACGCAAAAUCAAAAAUAAAAUCUCUGCUCAGGAAAGUCGCCGCAAGAAGAAGGAGUACAUGGACCAGCUGGAGCGGCGCGUCGAGAUCCUGGUGACCGAGAACCACGACUACAAGAAGCGCCUCGAGGGGCUGGAGGAGACCAAUGCCAAUCUACUUAGUCAGCUGCACAAACUGCAGGCCCUAGUUAGCAAGCACAAUGUGAAGAAGUCCUAAGCCGCCGGUCCAAAGAUCCCCGAUCCCCGAUCCCCGAAUAUCGUGGGAUUUCUGGACACGGAAUCGUUUCAUGUUUGCCCGCCUUCCCGAGUUAUUUGUAGAUCUAAUAUGUGUAUGUUGUCUUCAGUCUUUUUGUUUGUUCGAUUUAAUCACAGUCGUCUGGGAGUUCAAGUUUUUUCAAGAAUUUAUGCGACGAGGAAAAUUGAUGAAUUUUUUGUUCGGCUUUUGGUUAGCACAAAGCGGUAAACAUUCCCCUCCCUCCAGCUCCACCGCACCACCACCCACAAUAUAUAUAUAUAUAUUAAAAAAUAUAUAUAUAUUCCAUAUAUAUUAUAUAUAUUCCACAAGGCCCAGCUGCCUAAAUGCCGCUAACUAAUACCGUAUAUUUAAUGUGUAUGUAAUCCUAGCUACUUGUAGGACCUAUAUUAUAUAGCUAUGUAUAUUAGUCAUGCAUUCCUGUUAUAUAAACUUGAUCUAGAGCGUAGGCAAACGACCAGCUGCAACUAGAACCACAAUUACAAUUAAAACUAACAUUAAAAUUACAAUCGAGAAGCUCAAAACCAGAAGCCAAUCCAGAAAGCGUCUAAAGAGAAGCUAAAUAAUAAUAUUGUAAUGAAACGAAAUCAACAGACCAAAAACAAAAACAUAAAAAAACAGCAAAGUAAUGAAAAGUUUAAAAAGAAGAAAAAAAAACAAAAAUAAGAUAUACAGCAGAUCGCUAAAGGGCUCUCGUUUUUAAAUCCAGAUUGGAAUUGAUCUAAGAGCGGCGACAUGUACAUUAUGUUUUAAUAAUGAUUGAAUGAAUGAACGAAAGACUCCCGGAGCCCAAAUCUCUGUGCUGUCUUUGGCAUGACUCUUGUUCCUUUAAACGAUAUUUCUCAAAAACAACAAACAAACGAAAGCUGAGACGAGCUGAAACGAAGAAGAAAAUACCUAAACAAUUCCAUAUUGUAGCUAUGUAGAAGGAUUUAUAUAACGAACUAUGUCUAUAUGCAGCAUUUAAGUUUCUGUUCCAUCAUCUGUUUGCCAAGCAGCCCGUCAAGUUGGAGCUUCGAUCGAUGGAAAAUGUACGAAUUUAAAAUGGAUAUCGGUAUCCCACGAAUUCGAAAUAUUCGAUUCCGUUCUCCACCUGCCGCGUUGCACGGGCGAUUUAAACAAUUUCCGAGCCAAUUAUGAAAAUGAAUUAUUGUUUGUUAAGUUUUACAUUAUAAGACAGCGCUGCACUAACCGAAGGGAUAGAGAGCCAACCCCCAAUUCAAUCAAAUUUCGCAGCAAUUAUUUUGUUUUUUAUGUUUACAUUUGAGUUUUACGUUUUAGUGCAAUUUUUGGCAUAAAUAUUUAUAAUGAUAUUUUUGUAUUCUUUCCGCAGCGUUCUGAAUGAGUCAUUCUAGUUUAAAUUAGUUGAAUUUAUAUAAACAAAAUUACUUAAAGAACAUUUUAAGCGUAACUUGAUGGUUACUCAUAAAAUCGAUAUAAAUACGAAAUAAUUUAGCUUUUUUAUGUAUGUCUGUGCAUGUGUUGAUAAAUCAAUCGGACGAAGUUGUGCAAUUGUUAGUAAAAUUUUUAAAGAAAGAUAUUUAGAGAAAAAGCGAUAACGAAAGAAUCGAAGUUGAAAAACAAAACGUUUGUGCAAUGACAAAAAAAUUUAUUAUUAAAUGCGUUAAACAAACAAAUUAAAUACAUUAUGAUAUAUUUAUAUAAAAAGAUAUAAAUAAUGUACGACUAUAUACUAUUUUUUGGCUAUAGCAUUUUAAACGCAUAUAUUGUAUAUUUAACGUUGAGGAAAAAAAGAGAAAAUAUAUCCAAAAAAAUUGUAAAACUUUUAUGAUUGGUUGCUGUAAUUUGGCAAAAGUAAAAGUGCAAUUCCAAAUAAAAUUCAUACAACCAUAACAACAGCA